CUUCCUCGCUCAGCCUGGAUGACAGAGAGAGAGAGAGGAUGGAGGAGAGACCCUGACAGGUCAUUGAUUGUAGUAAAGAUGCUGCUCUACCUGCAGGCUCCGCGUGCACGCGCAUGCACUUGCUGCUGCGGUUGUAUAUAAAACAUACGUGCACGGUGGCGUGUGUACAGUGAGCGUGCGUGUGGUCCUCCAGCUUUCAUUGCGUUUUUUUUUUCCCUCACCUGCAUUGGACAAUUGUGCACACGCGCCGCACGUGCCCGCGGCCGCAGCAUCAGCAGCAGCGGAGGCAGCAGCAUCAGCAUCCUCACGCUGGAGGCGGAGAGCACCCUCGCCGGGCACGGGGGGCUGCCACAUCCGGACGGCAUCGGCAGGAAUUAUGAAGCUCGGUCGCCAUGUCUAAAGCGACGGUGAAGAAGCUCCACUGGCGCUCUAAGGUGCAGGAGAGCUUCGUCCCUGUGGGGGGUGGCGGCUCAGGAGAACUGGGCCUAGCCAUCGGGGGCGGGGCCGACUAUGGUGAGUUCCCCUUCGUCACGGCAGCCCCUGGCGGCGGGGCCACGGUUGGGGACAUCAUUCUGGAGAUUGGGGGGACGCCUGUGUUGGGGAUGACACUCGGCGAUGUCAGAGGAGUCCUCAAUUCCUGUCCUCAUCCAAUCAGAAUCAAGACGGUCUCGCCAGGCUCCUCUCUGUGUAAAGACCUCAGGUUGUAUCUCAGUAAAUGUUUCACGCCGGGCUCCAUGGACAGCCAGCUGCAGCAGCUCAUCAGGGAGAACCUGUACCUACGUGCCGUGCCCUGUACCACCAGGCAGCCGCGGGACGGAGAGAUUUCAGGUGUGGACUACAACUUUGUGUCCAUUGAGGAGUUUUUCUCCCUGGAGGAGUCCGGAGCUCUGCUGGAGAGCGGCAAGUUCAAAGGAAACUACUACGGGACACCCCGUCCCGUCCACAUUAGUCCAGAGAGUCCACCAAUCACGUACCAGGAACAUCGCAACCUGCUGAGGAACUUCCGGACGAGGAGCAAGUCCCUGAGCAACCUGGAGAAAGCUGUGGAGGAAGGAGACAACAGUGAGGAGGACAGCGGGCUGGCAGGACCAGCUGGAGCCCUGCCCACCACCCUGCCGCUGAGCCAGCCGUGGGAGGCAGCGGAGAAUGGAGGAGGAGGAAGAGGAGUGGGAAGAGGAAGAGGAGGGGCUCCACUGCCUGAAAACUGGGAGCUGGCCUACAGCGACUCAGGGGCGCCUUAUUACAUCGAUCACAACUCAAAGACCACCAGCUGGUUGGACCCUCGAAUGCAGAGCCAAGAUCCCCCGUCCUCCACAGAACUCCCAGAGUUCACGGAUCAGCCGAGCCUGUUGAGGGGUUACUCCAUCCACACUCGGCUCUCUAAAGGUCCGCGAGGCUUCGGCUUCAACAUCGUUGGAGGAAAUCGACCCCGAGAGUUUCUGCAGGUGUACAGCGUCACACCAGGGGGGCCGCCGGCUCUCAAUACAGCGGACAUCCUGGUUUUCAUCAAUGAGACCUGUGUGCUGGGUCGGUCCCACAAAGAGGUAGUGGAGAUGCUGAAGUCGGUGCCAAUGGGUCAGAAUGUGGACGUGGUACUGAGGAGAGGAUACCCAAUGCUGUACAACCCUGACGGCUGUCCCAAACAGAGCCUGGAGCCGCAGCCGCAGACGCCCAGCGAGUCCAUCAACGUGAACCGAGGCCUGACACACCUCACUUACAGCCGCACGCUGGACGCCAACGGCAGCACGCCAGGACUGGCACAAACUCCACCAUCCUACGCCCCUCAGCCAAUGAUGAAUGGCCUGACAGGCCCGCCCACCCCCGUAUCCUCAGAGCCCCCAGUGCUCCCGCCUCCCCCUCCGGAGAGGACGCCGCCCAAUCACAGCGACUCCGAAGGCGGCCCAUCCAACGCUGGAACCCGGAGGUCUUCCCUGAUUCGUUACAACAGCAGCACUCUCCCCUCCCUCUCCUCCGCCUCCCUCCUCCAACAUCAGAGCUCCAAGUCUUCCGAGAGUGACUUGUCUACGUCCACGCUCCCCAUCUCCUCCUCAUCGUCCCACGGGCUGUCCAGACUGCCCCUUUCUCAUCCUGAGACGGGACUCCCCCAGAACUCCACCAGCAACACCCCCCCGUCCUCCGCAACACCUCCUUGUGCCCCCGUGCAGCGCCCACCGAUGCCCCAGACCUCUGUUGCUCUGACGCCGCCCAGAGACGUCCCGACCUGUGGCUUUAACGGGUGUCCUGCCAGCCACCAAGCACCCUCCUCGGCCUCCCGAGGAAACCCAGGGCUGGUGCUCCCUCUGGGGCAGGGGUCACCUGGGUCGGCCCCUGGAGGGGAGCUGGUGCCUGUGGCCCUGGGACACAGUGAUAAUGGGGGCCUGGGGUUCAGCGUGACGGCUGGAGGACUGGCAGGUCAGCAGGCGGUGGUGAGGAGGGUCUGGGACCGCCGGCAGUGCCCCUCGCUGCAGGCAGGAGAUGCCAUCAUGAAGAUCAACGGAGCUGACGUGCAGAACCUCACCUUCAUGCAGGUCCAGAGAGUCCUGCAGGAACACACCAAACAGGGCGAGGUGGUGCUCCUGGUCUACAGAGGAGGUCCCGCCUCCUCUCCGGCUGUCACCCCCAACCUCUACAAGGCCCUGUCCUCCCCACAUGUGUCCACCCCCCCUUCCUCCUCCUCUCAUCCCCCCUCAACCACUGACUUGUCUUCCCCAUCCACGGGUGCCUUGCUUGGGGGUGUGCCCCCGCUCAGCCAGGCUGGCCUGGCCCUUGAGAGUUCCCAGGAGGGCCACCUACCAGCUCCAGGGACCCACCAAGGGCACCCUCCUCCCGAGACCCCUAACAGGCCCACCGGCUCAUCUCUCAUCCAGAGCACCAGCUUCCUGGACUCGGUUCCAGUGACGCUGACCCUGGAGCCGCGGGACCUGCUGGGAGUGGAGGACAGCGCCGGAGGACUUCCUCCUGUCAGAGGUGGGGGGGCACUGGGAGCCGUUGCCAAGGACGGGAGAGGAGGAGCAAAGACAGUGGAGGUGGAGCUGAGGAGACGGCCUGGCGAAGGCUUUGGAUUCGUCAUCGCAUCUCAGGAAGUGAGCGGAGCCCCGUCCCUGAUGUCUCACCGCUUCAUGACGGUGCGGCGCGGCAGCCCGGCGGCCCGCAGCGGCCAGGUUCAGCCCGGAGACCAGCUGGAGGCGGUGGAGGGUCGACCCGUGGCCGGUCUGCAGCACCGGGACCUGGCCCAGAUCCUGAGGAGGGCGGGGAACACGCUGAGGCUGAGCAUCACCCCCCGACACCACCCGUCAGAGGGAGCCGAGCUCGACACCGAAGGACAUCCGGUCAAAGGACCUCCAGGGAGCUCCAAGGACGAGUCCAGGUUCUACAGCGUGGAUCUGGAAAGGGGUCCCACAGGCUUCGGGUUCUCUCUGAGGGGGGGCAGCGAGUACAACAUGGGACUGUACGUGCUGGGACUGAUGGACGGGGGGCCGGCCCAGCGCAGCAACAAGAUACAGGUGUCCGACCAGCUGGUGGAGAUCAAUGGCGACAGCACGUCGGGGAUGACCCACAGUCAGGCCGUGGAGCAGAUCCGGAGAGGCGGGAACCGAAUCCACCUGAUCCUGAAGAAGGGGAACGGAUAUGUGCCCGACUACGGCCCUGAGGAAGGAGCCCUCUCCCCCUCCUCCUUUUCACCAACUGAGGAGCAGCAUUCAGUAGCCAUGGCAACCUCCUCCUUCGGUCAGCACUGGAGAGGAGAAGAAGAUGAAGGAGGAGGAGACAGGAGGAGAAGGACAGAUAAAGAAGUGAGAACCAAACGAAGACCAGGAUCGAGAGGAGGAGGAGGAGGGUCCGGGCCUCCUGAUCUGGACCUGGACCAUGUGGAGGAAGAAGCGCGAGGGGAGGAGGGGAGGAGGAGGAUGGAAGAGGAGGAGGAAGCUGAGAGGAGAUGGCAGGAGGAGGAGAGGAGGAGACUGAAGGAGGAAGAGGAGAAAAUGGAGAGAAAAAGUCAGACUGUGAGGCAGAAGAGACGGGAGGAGCAGAGGGAGCAGGGGAGGAGGAGCAGGAGCCUUCCCAGACACCAGGCUGCGUCCUGGGGUUCGCCACAGGAAGAGGAGGAGCCCGAGAGACGGAGGAGGAGCGAGACGAAGAGCAGGAGGAGGGAGCAGCAGGAGGAGGAGACAGGUGACAACAGCAUGCGCCAUGCAAAGCAUUCUGGGAGCUCAGCUCAGCGGGCGGCAUUCUCCUUCCUCAUGCCGAUGGAUGAUGACGAACAUCCAUCUGAAAGCGAAUCAGCAGCCAACUUCUCAGACAUCGGCCAAUCGGCAGCCAGCAUCCCUUCAGCACGGAGACGAGACUCUGACUGGAGGAGAGCUGAGUCGCCACGGCAGCAGGGGAACGCCCCCGGCCCCUGGCUGAGACCCAGCCCACAGAGACUGACGCAGGUUCUGACGGGCAGUCGGGUCGGUGGGCAGGAGCUAAGAGGCGGUCUUUCUCUCUGAUUGGCCAGCAGGGAGGACAUUUUCCUUUUUUCAUUUGUUGAGUUUUUUAUCGGCUACAUAUAAGGGCUUUGUUGGUUGGCCCGCUGAGAGAAGGCCCGCCUCUCCCCACGUCUUAUUGGACUGAGCAAGACCACCUCUGAUCAGGUUCUGAUCCAACACCUUCACUCCCAUUUUACCCAUCAUGCCUCAGUUCACCCAACACCUGUAUCGUGAAGCGGCGCAUUCUCAGCGCUCUGUUAGCGCUAACAUUCCCGAAGUAUCUCCAUGGUAACCAGUCGAGAUCACCGUAGAAACCAGGGCAACAGCCAUAGCCUUCAGAUCGAAGGGAACCUCGGUCACCGUGGUGAUCUGAGGCGUGUUGAAUGCUUGGUUGAAGUUGGAGUAGAUGGCGUCACGAAACCACCGAAAUACACAUCAUCACCGCCGUUGUAAAGUUCCGCCUCUUCCCUCUGACCUCCAUCACAGCACGUGAACGUGCACCCGCAUAGCCAGAUAAAAAGUGCCUGUCAUUACAAGUCGACGUGCGAUUUUAACCUGCAGCUAACGAGGGUCCGCAGCGGCGGAUGAUCAUUCAUGACGAUUCUAAACGCACCAACGCGCAGCACGCCAAACAAACCCAGACGAAACACGGUCCAACGCUGAGCAGCUCGUAAACAGACGAGAACCGACGCACCAGCGACCGGCUGCUGCAUGCUAACAACACUUGCCUGUUAGCAGUCUAAAGCUAACACUCCACAAACUGUACCGGAGAGAAGGGGACUCACUCUGACACAAAAACACAAGAGCAACGCCCCACAGCCCAACUGGUUACAGUGUCAUCUCUGAUGGGAUCCGGUUCCCGAGGAAGAAUCACGGACUCGCCGCUCGGAGACAAAUCAGGGCCAUUUUUUAUCUCUGACUGUCUUCUACCAGUAGGAGUGUACGAAAGCUGAGCUGCGGAGAAUCACCAGCCUCCACGUCACAUCAGUCUAGGAACUUUUGAUCAUUUAUUAUCGAAAUGAAAAACUGAUUUUAACCAUUAAAAGCAUAAAUGCUUGUUGCAAUGAUCUCCUGCUCCACCUUUAACCUGUGAGGUGACCCUGCCUCUCGGUUGGUGGGGAUAGGCUCCGCCCUCAGAUAGGCUCCACCCUGUUCUCUGGUGGCUAAAACGUGCGCGUCACGUGCGCGUCACGUGCUGGGCUUCUUCAUCUUCAUGUUCACCUGCAUCCUUUGAUGUCAUAUGCAAAAAAUAUGAGGACAGCUGUCUCGUGACUUUCUGUGUAAUCUGAGCAUGUGAAUAUUCCUGGAAUGAUUUUUUAUUUUUAUAAAGCUCAAUAUGAGAAGAUUAAUUACAUUAUUAUUGAUAUGAUUAUUGGUAUGGGUAUUGAUAUGGUUAGAUGACGUAGAAUUGAGGUGAUCUUAUCUGCCUGCUUGCUUGUAAAAACAAGAAAAGAAAAACUUUGCAAUGAUGAAAUAACAGAGCCAUACACACACACACACACACACACACACACACACACACACACACACACACACUGAUGUCAGGUCCAGCUGUGUCCUGCAGCUGUCAGUUAACCGUAUCAUCGCCACGGCAACAACGGGACGACCUGCAGCUCCGGACCAGAACAAGUGCCUCAUUUUGUUUCAGCCCCUUCCGCCGGCUACCACUUCCUAUCCCAUCUUUCCCUGCUGUCCAGCAACAACCACAGACACACACACACACGCGCAGACACACACACACACACACACACACACACACACCUGUCCCCAGCCCCCACAAACGUCCGUCCUCAGCAUUCAUCAGUGUUUUUAUAUUGA